UGUAUAAUCUUUUAUAGCUGUUUUUAUAUAUUGAAACGAAUAUGAUCGUGUUUUUGUUAGAGUUUUGUGAACAAAACUAAUAUACACCUACUUAAUAUAAAAUUUACUAGUAUGCAAAGGCGGAUCAAGAAAACUUACACUCCAAGUCGUAAGCCUAUUAUCAUCGAAAAUCUUGAGAGGCGAAAAAAAGGUCUAGGGGGUAUUAGGAGAGGUAUGAGAGUGAGAGAUUGAUAGAGCAUAAGAGCAAAAAGUAGAGGGGUGUUGGAGGGAGGGAGAGAAAGAGAGAGCAGAGGCGAAGAGGGGAGGGAGCGAGGGAGGGAGGCAGAGAGAGAAGAAAGAGAUUUUGAAAGGUUAAAAGAAAAGAAGUAAAAGAAGAGAGAGAAGAUGAAGAAAAAAAAGGAAGGCAGAGGUGUCCUGGUGAGCCUUUUGAAAGAAUCGACCAGAAACAUUCUUAGCUCGCCGCUAACAAGCGCGUCAACAUGUCGUUCGAACAAGGCGACAUAAUGAGAUAGAUUUUUGAGUGACUACCGUGCCCGUCUAUUGUUCGAUAGUCGGCGAGUGGCCACUCGUAGUUCGAACGUGCCCGCACACGAACUUUAAUUUUAAAACUUUAAUAUUCUCCGUCAUAUGGCAAAUAGAACUUUAAAUGUAAGACGCUUUUUUCCAUAAAAUAUUCAUGAUUGCAACAAGAAAUAAGAAUGGUGAAAGCUAUUAAAUGAGUGAGCUAUCUGUAACAGACAGUAUAUGAGAAUAUUGAAAAAUAUUUCACUAUUUUUAGAUGUAUACUAUAGAGAAUAAAAGAAAGAGGGAGGAAGAGAGAAAGAGGGAGAGGUGUGAAGGGACAAGGGCAAAAGGAGAGAGAGUGAUAGAGUAAUCAAGAGAGGUAGAAAGCAGAAUUGUGUUUUGCUCACUAGAGAUCAAAUAUGUUGUAUAAAUAUGUAGAUAUAUUUAUAAAUAUAUGGAUAUAUAUAAACAUGUAGGCAGGGGCAGAGAGACAGAAAGAGAGAGAAACAGAGCGGGGAGAGAAAGAUGAAGCAAAAUUGUAGAAAUUUUUGCAAGUUGACGUUUUAUCAUAACAAAUGCGCAUCCCCCUUAAAGGCUGUUAGCGACAGAAGGGUUUAUGAGUUGGGAGGAGUUAACGCCGUCUGGCAGGGAACCGCAGCUAACUUAGCUUUGCUGAUUGGCCAGUUUUCAGCGCUACGUUGAUCUUUUGAGCAAUGGGCGUUGAGCUUCUAACAGCCGUUCGCCUAUCAGCCGCCAGCGCCAGUUCGCUUCCCGUUUUUAUUUGAUCAUAUUAUGAACAGCUCAUUCGCCGAGGCCCCUUCACCCAGCAACAGCAGCAAAGGUAAUAGCAGCGAAAGCGGCAGCCUAAACAUGGACGAAGGCAACGAUUACAGCCGCUUAUCGUCUGACGAAGAGAUAGACGUGGAGGAUAGCGGAAAAUCAGAUUUGAAUAAGAACAAGUUAGCUUUCUCUAUUGCUCGAAUCAUGGAACCUAGUAGACCGAAGACGAUUGAACCUGGAGAAGUAUUGAGGAAUUCUACCAACUCCUCCUUUCAAAUUCCAUCUGCAUUUCCCUACUUGCACAUGCAUAACCUACUGGCAGAAGGUCAGAGGAGGGCGGCAAUUUUAGAACAAACUAGGGGAAGCUUUUUACACCCGGCCUUUUACGUGUCACCUUCCAUGGUACAGGCCUACAGAUACGGAGUUCCCAAUACAACAGUACCCGAACAGCAGGGGGUGGUCAAGAAAGCUCAGGACCUUUCGGUUAAAUCAACGGCUAAUCGUUCUUCGUCUCCUAAACAUUCCGAAUCCCCGCAGUCUUCUCCCGCCAAAUCGGAAAAGAGUAAGGACGAGGGAUCAGACGACAAAAAGAACACCUCCAAAACAUUCACCUGCCCGGAAUGUGGCAAAAUUUUCAACGCUCAUUAUAAUUUAACAAGGCAUAUGCCAGUUCAUACCGGAGCUAGGCCAUUUGUCUGCAAAAUUUGUGGUAAAGGUUUCCGACAAGCGUCGACAUUAUGCCGCCACAAGAUAAUUCAUACAGCGGAAAAACCGCAUAAAUGCCAGACUUGUGGAAAAGCGUUUAAUAGAUCGUCAACGCUAAAUACUCACAUGAGAAUUCAUCAAAAUUACAAGCCAUGGGUCUGCGAAUUUUGCGGAAAAGGUUUCCAUCAAAAGGGCAAUUACAAGAACCACAAAUUAACUCAUUCAUCAGAGAAACAAUUCAAAUGUACAAUAUGUAAUAAGGCAUUCCAUCAGAUCUAUAAUCUUACCUUCCACAUGCAUACGCACAACGAUAAAAAACCGUUUACGUGCCAUCUGUGCGGUAAAGGAUUUUGCCGAAAUUUCGACCUGAAGAAACAUAUGAGGAAGUUGCAUGACGGGGCGUCACCACCAGCUUCCAGUGAAGCGAAGACGGCUAACUCAGCUACGACAACCACUAGCUCUACAGUACCUCAAACUCCACAACAGCAGAGUAUACCAACACCUCAAACUCCUCAACCGUCUUUCGUGCCGAGAUCCGCCUUAACGUCCCCACUCGUUCAACCUGCAUCCUCUAGACUUAUGAAUCCAUUUUUAUUUACACCAUCACCUGUUAAUCCUAACUAUUUGACUAAAGUACCAAUUUUGUGAGAAAGAGAGAGAGAGAAAAAAGAGAUUUUGAGGGUGAAAGAUAUAUGUACAGUAAAAAUAUUUAAAUAUAACUAUAUAUAUAUAUAUAUGUAUAUAAAUAGAUAGAUAUUUAGUACGAAUGUUUAAGUAAUGGGAAGAAAGGGAGAAGGUGAUUGAAUGAGAACGAAAAGAGAGAGAGAGAGAGAGAGAGAGAAAGAGAUGGAUAACGGUUAAAUUAAAUUUGCUAGGAAAACUGUCCACAAUAAAUAUAACUCUUCAAAACGUCUAAUGACUGAAAAAGAGAAAGAUGUACGAUAAUAAAAACGAAAAUAUACAAAACUAACCGAAGUUUUAUAUAUUAUUUUUGUAAUCGGACCUUUAAAGAGAUUGCUAUCUAUUAAAUGAAAUUCCAUUUCGAAAAAACCAACGAAAAGGCCAUCGUUACAAGAUAAAAAAAAAAAAAUACUUUUGGUCCUCCAUUAUUAAUUCAUUCUACUUUUGAUUAUACGUUCCAUUCAAUCGACACGCAAAAAGGGGAGGCGAAAAAUUUUUACAUGCUCGAAUGCUCAUUCUGUCUCUAUACAAUCAGUCUUUACCUAGGGCUUUUUUUUUAUUUCUUUUGGAUUGUAUUUGUAAUACUAAAACAAGCUUUAAUGGUUAUUUUUUUUUUGUUUGUCCACUAUUUAAUUGUUUUACGUGAAAUAUGAAAAACAAGAAAUAUACAGUUUUGCUUUUA